CCCAUCAGCACCCACCCCCUGCACCAUCGCUGCAUCGACACCGCCGGCCUGCACUGGUGCCGCCAAGAGCGUCUCCAACCCGUCCCUCAUCUCAGGCCCGGCUGUCCUGUGGCGCUUGCCGCACUCUUCCUCGGCCUCCUCAUCGUUAUCCCCAGCGGCUCCUGAGCCGCCCGCCUCGGACUCGCUUACAGCCCUCGCAAGCCAACUCGCAAGCCAACUCGCAAGCCAACUCGCAAGCCAACUCGCAAGCCAACUCGCACGCCAACUCGCAAACCAAUUCGCAAGCUCAGACUCACCACAGAAAGCACACAUGGCUUUGAACUCAGAAUCUACGCCUCUGCUUGUUGGCCACGCUGCCUCACAGGCUCCGCCGAGUCCCUCCUAUGGAGCCACUGCGGGCUCGGCCUCCCUGCCUGGGCUGCCCAGCCAAAGCUCUUCCUCCGACUCUGUCGUGCUCUUUGUGGAUACUUCCAGCUCCAGUGCCGAAGAAGAGGGCUUCCGGUGCUGGUGCUGCUGGGAGUACCACAACACUCCCGGCGACCCGCUGAUCCGGGUCUGUCUGGGAUGUCGGGACAGGGAUCUGCAGUAUAUCCACCAGCUGUGCAUCAACAAGUAUCUGUCGGCACUGCCGCCGCCACGAGGCCGAACGUUCCGAGCCCUUCCCAUCCCCGAGAGCGAGCAAGAGUUUGUUGCCAGCCUUGUCCGCCGUGACAAAUGGUACCACCGGCUCACACCCUCGUUCUUGCUUCCCCGCUUCGAAUAUGUGAUCGAAGGCCACCAGUGCACCCGCUGCAAGUAUCCAUACAAGGUCUAUGCUCGGCGUCUGAGUCCGCUCCGGGGGUUGCUGGGCGACCCCUAUCUUCUGGCUGCAAUUGUCGUCAUGACCAUCUGCGUGGGCACCCUGACUGCGUCAUGUGUGUUCUUGAUCAUCGAGUUCUGGUCCGACGACAUCAUCUUCCUGAACCUGGGCUUCAUCAAGAUCGGCGUGGUUGCCUUUGCUGCCUUCAUGCUCCUCUUCUGCCACUCGAUCAAUAUGGCCACCUGGACGAUGAUCUUUGAGUACUGCGGCGAGCAGUGGGACAAGUAUGUCUGCGGCAUCGACGAGUCGCGGCUGAUUGAGCAGAUGAUCGAUCAAGAGAGCAGCGAGGAUGGUCUGGACAGCUUCAGCAUCGAUCCAGAGCGGGGCCCAGAGACUCCAAGCCACGUCCUGCAUCUGGCCUCUGCGUCUGGAUCCGGAGACGAAGGCCCGCUGUCGACCGCAGGGCAACAGCAGCCGCAGCCGCAGCCGCAGCCACUGAACAGGUCGACCUCAGUCCAGGUGCCAACAGAUACGAAUGCCCAGCCAUCCAGCUCCUGAACGACCACUCGUCCUAUAUGUGCUUAACAAGAUGCACCCAAUUUGAGGCCGGCGGCCUAUCCUUUUUGUUCUUGAUAACUGAAUACACUUCCUCAUUCAAAC